GCGAAAUCGGCAGGUGACAUAUUAUUAAUAAAGCGGUACGCAAUACCUGGGCGUGUUGUACGAAGUAAAAUACUUUUGACCCGAGCGCAAAACCAUUGAGACUUUUGGUGUACAUAAGGCCGUAACGUAAUAAUAAUAUUUUAUUGUGCGCAGUGUAACCAACUGACCGAAAACGCCGUAUUCGAAUCCCAUCUAUCACGUCGCGGGUCGUUCGCGUUACACCGGCGACGACGUUGUCGGCAUAAUGACCGGGACCCGGCCCGUGCGCGUUAGUGAACCGUUACGCAUCGGGACGACCGCAUCACGGAUCGGUACAUCGCGCCCGCGCGCGCAACGUUGAAUCAUAAAAAAAUAUUAUGUCUCCGUUGAUCGGGGACCUGUACAGGCACAUCAUCCGGGACGAGACCAUGUGCGUCAAGUACUUGCAGGACCGGCAACUGUUGCCGGGCGACGGCGAGCGCGUGUGCACGCGGACGAAGAACGGCUCGUCCUGCGGCGGGGCGCUCAGGAUGUGCGAGCGGAAGAGCAAAAAGCGGAACGCGGACGGCACGUUCCAGAAGGUGGUGGCGUACAAGUGCAACCGGAAGGGUUGCCAGACGUACCAGUCGAUCAGGAAGGGCAACGCGUUCUUCGCGUUCACGGACGCCAACGGCCGGUGCAACAGCCAGCUAAGCCUGGCCGAGACGGUGGAACUGGUGUGGUUCUGGGUGCACCGGGUGUCGGUCGGCCAAGCGGUCCAGUUCACCGGCCGGAACAAGAAGACGAUCGUCGACUGGUACGAACUGUGCCGGGACGUGGUGGUAGCGGCGUUCGGCGAACGGGCGAAAAUCGGCGGGCCCGGGCGCACGGUACAGGUGUACGAGACGUUCUACCCGGGCGACGGCGGCCCGCGGGACGCGCGGAUAGUGGUGUUGUGCGGGGCCCGGGACGACGGUUGCCUGGAGAGACGGUGUUUCGUGGUGGGCGACCGGGACGCGGACACGGUGAUGCCGAUCAUCCGCCGGGACGUGGAACCGGGCACGACGAUUUUCACCGAUUCGCGGUGCGCGCGCGAACGCCUCGCGGAAUACGGCUAUUUGUGUUUCGGGUACGCGGGCGCGCCCGCCGCCGCCGUGGAUUGCGUGACGCGCGCCGGAACGCAGGCCGUGCAAGCAUUGAGCCGGUUGCCGGAUCCGGCCGGGCCGGCGGCGUCGGCGGACGCGGGCGGACGCCGGGGCCGCGGCGCCUCGAAAAUCCCGACCGCGGUAGCCCUCUCGCGCCAGCUCCAAGAGGAAUGGUGGCGUUCCGUUCACCCGGACAAGACGACCGUCUUCGACGAAUUCCUAGGCGACUUGAAAAACGCGUUCUUGUAGAAACGAUCGCGCGAUGCGUAUUAGACGGUCAGAAGUCAAAAAUUAAAAAAAAAAACCGUUUUUUUUUUUUUGUUUUUGUUUUUGUUUUUUUUUUGUUUCAAUUACAAUUUAAAUUUAUAACGAUCGCGUUUUCGUCGGUUUUCGAAUCCCGAACUCCGGUCCGUUUUAUCAAUUGUCUACAUAAUUAUUUACGUAUUUUUUUUUUCGGGUUGGGGGGGCUUAACGUAUUGUAAACAAACGCGAAUUAUGUUUCGAACGCGUUUCGUUUUUUGUUUUGUUUUUGUAAAAUUUCAUAUUAUUAUAGAUAAUGAUAGCCGAUGAACCGCACGUGUAAUUUUAUCAUACUUAUUUCAAAACGAAAUAACGAUUGACGAACGAAACGAAAAUAACUAAACAAUUUACUUCCUUCUACCACACUAAAAAAAAAAAACAAACAAA